AAAAAGGGAGAACACUUUUUCGCCGGGAUGUGUUUACCAUUUGGGGUGCUGUUUCUCCUGGGAAUUCUCAGGGCUGUGUUGGCACAGAAUGAUAUCUAUUUUACAUUGAAUCCACCCAAUGUCACCUCCUCACUUGGGAAGGAUAUUGUUCUUCGAUGUAUUGUAAGUGGAGAAGGGGAACCUCCAGAUGUGGAAUGGCUGAGGGAUGGGGAAACUUUGGCAUAUGCUGACACUAACCAGAUCCAGAUGCCACAAGAUGAUGACAAAUGGCUGGCCAUCAGUGAACUGAGUAUUCACUCUCUUCAGCUGUCAGACUCGGGCUGGUAUCAAUGUUCAGUGUCUGUUGGGGAAAAUGCAGUGUUGUCUAAUGCAGCGUAUCUGCAACUAGAAGGUUUGCCGUUCUUCACUGAUGAACCUGAGGACAUGCAUGUCUACUCUGGUGUGCACUUUAAUCUGAGUUGUGAUGCUCAUGGACCUCCUGACCCUGUGAUGGUAAUAUGGCUGCAGAAUGGUGUGCCCCUGAACUCCUUGACCGAUGAGCUGGCAUUGACACCAUCAUUCCUGCAAGUGAGAGGCUUGAAUAAAUCAUCCAUGUUUUCCUGUGAAGCUCAUAAUGGAAAAGGUGUGACAACAUCAAGGACUGCAACAGUUAAAGUUAUACCAAGGAAACCAGUGGAUCUAAAACUGGUGACUCGGAGUACAACAGAGCUGGAGAUAUCAUGGCUUCCUGGAGAGAGUGGAGCCCACCCGGUGUCUGUGUGUACCGUACAGGCUACUACACCCCACAAUCAUCUUAGCAUGGUGCCCCAUCACAAGAUCUAUAACCAGAACAUCAAUGUGCCCCCUUAUAGCCAUGUGAUCAUCGGCCUGGCCCCCUACACAAUGUAUAAUGUCCGUGUGGCCUGUCUGAACAGUGAAGAUGUAUCCCACUGGACUGAAUGGGUUGCUAUGGAAACCAUGGAAGGAGUUCCAUCUGGUCCACCUGAAAACAUCACAGCAACAAAGAAUGACACUGUUACCCUUGUGAUGUGGAGGGAGCCAAGACCACCACUGAAUGGUGUAUUAAAAGGGUACAAGCUGGCAUACCAAACCAAAGACCAACCAGAGGUUGUGAUGGAUGCUGGGCUAAAUAAUGAGGUGACCUUGGAGAUUGUGUAUCCGGUGGACAAUCUGACAGUGAGGGUUUCUGCUUAUACAUUUGCUGGUGAUGGCCCUUGGAGUGAUCCUGUUGUUGCUUCUUUCAAAAAUUAUGAUUCAAUUUCUCCUCAAGCGGUCAGAGAUAUGUCAGCCUCCCUUUUCUCCUGGCACUGGUGGUACGUUGUUCUGGUAGUUGUUGUGGCAAUAUUUGGUGCCAUCAUGCUUGCUAUCUUCCUCGCUCGUAUUCGAAGGAAGGAAACACGAUAUGGAGAGGCCUUUGAACCAACUGUGGAACAAGGUGAACUUGUGGUCCGAUACCGAGUGAAAAAAUCAUAUAGCCGAAGAACCACAGAAGCUACUUUGAACCGGCUUGGGAUAAGUGAUGACCUGAAAGAGAAGCUCCGGGAUGUUAUGGUGGACCGACACAAACUCACUCUUGGAAAGACGCUUGGAGAAGGAGAGUUUGGUUCAGUCAUGGAGGGUCAGCUAAACCAAGACGAUUACAUCCUCAAGGUGGCCGUGAAGACUAUGAAGAUUGCUAUCUGCACCCGCACCGAAAUGGAGGACUUUUUGAGUGAAGCUGUCUGUAUGAAAGAAUUUGAUCACGCCAACGUCAUGCGUCUCAUUGGUGUGUGCCUGCAGAAUACAGAGAAUGAGGGUUACCCGUCUCCGGUGGUCAUUCUUCCUUUUAUGAAACAUGGAGAUCUUCACAGUUUUCUGCUAUACUCACGUCUGGGUGAUGCCCCACUGUUCCUUCCAACACAGACACUGGUGAAGUUCAUGACGGAUAUAGCUAGCGGCAUGGAGUACCUGAGCAGCAAGAACUUCAUCCAUAGAGACCUGGCGGCCAGAAACUGCAUGUUGAAUGAGAACAUGAAUGUCUGUGUGGCAGAUUUCGGCCUGUCCAAAAAAAUUUACAACGGAGAUUAUUACCGCCAAGGCCGGAUUGCCAAAAUGCCAGUCAAAUGGAUUGCCAUAGAAAGUCUGGCAGACAGAGUCUACACCACCAAGAGUGACGUGUGGUCCUUUGGUGUCACCAUGUGGGAAAUUGCCACAAGAGGCCAAACUCCUUAUCCUGGGGUGGAGAACAGUGAAAUUUAUGACUACUUGAGACAAGGAAACCGGCUGAAGCAACCUCCGGAUUGCCUGGAUGGAUUGUAUGAAUUAAUGUCCAGUUGUUGGCAGCUGAAUUCUAAAGAACGCCCAGCAUUUGAAACUCUCCACAGGGAACUGGAGACAAUUCUUAAGAAUUUACCCCCAGCCAAAGAUCCUGAUGAAAUUUUAUAUGUCAACAUGGAAAAGUCUCAUUCUUCUUCCUUCACCGAUGAUGGUGAACUUGGAGCCGUGGGUGGUCUGGAUACAAAGGAUUUCGGAGAUGACAUUUUCUCAAAGCCUAGUUCAGUCACUGCAGAGAUUCACCAGCCUGAGAACACCAACCGGUAUGUUAUGUGCCCAGGACAUGAAGCCACACGCUUGCUCACAACAAUGGAUCAUCCACGCUACAGUUCAACUGUGGAAGAAGGGACAUUGGAAGAGUUGUUGGCUGGCCAAGGGUUCAGAUAAUAAACUGUAACCUGGCAAAACCUAUUUUAACAAGACUUGGAAUACUGGCGUUAUGUUUCUAACAUCAUUUUCAUGGAGUUUUAGCCUUGUUGUAGAGUACUUACUUUUUUACCAGAUAUCCUCAUUCCACAGAGGCAUUACGUAGCAAAACGUCUCACUGGUCUUCCUACUAUAGUCUCUUUGUGCAAUCAUCAUUGUUGAAAAAGGAAAUAUAUACCUGUCUUUUGCAGACAGAGACGUGUGACCAAAGACCAAGUGGGACGACUGAGAAGCCAUGAUGGUGCUGUCAUGACAACUCUUUAUAACCUUAUGGUACAAAGAGCCAUGUAAGGGAAUAUGUAUUAAUGCUCAAAUGAUCGAGACACUCAAGCAUUCCUAUAACUUAGUGUGUUUUACAAUUCCUGAAACAGAACAGGUACAGAACAUUACACGCUCCAGCGCACAAAGAUGAACUGAAUAUCUUCUCAAUGGAGCUUCCAACUUGGUGAUCCAGAUGGUUGUACCAAUUCAAAGUUGGCAGUGAUUUUGUUUUUGUUACGAAGCACUUCCUUAUUGUACUUUUAGUUU